CUCUCGCUGCUCGCUACCAAGCCAGCCCUACACCUCGUCCCCCACUUUCUCAUCGCCCGCUUCCCAUCUCGGUCCUCCUCCUCGCCUCCAGCAAGCAUGGCCGACCACCAGGACGCUCCGCCUCCGCCCAUCACGCCGUCGCUGUACGCCGACAAGCCCGACGCGCCCCUGUCGUCCCUCCCCGUCCAGCUCGACGUCGACUCGCUCGUCAAGAAGCUCCCCGAGCAGCACCUCGAGGCCAUCGCCGGCAACUGGCGCCUCUCGUGCUACCUCGGCACCGCGCAGACGUUCCUCCAGAAGAAUGGACGGCUCGCGCGCAAGCUCGAAGUGAGCGACAUCAAGCCCCGACUUUUGGGCCACCUCGGCACACAAGGUGGUCUGAGCCUGGCGUACGUUCACUCGCAGGCCCUGAUCCGCCGCAAGGGCGACGAGGAGGGCGCCGAGCCCAAGAUGCUGUUCGUCACGGGCCCCGGCCACGGUGCCCCGGCCAUCCUGUCGAACCUGUUCAUCGAGGGCGCCAUCACCAAGUUCUACCCCGAGUACUCGCUCAACGAGGAGGGCCUCGAGAAGUUCAUCAAGUACUUCUCGUGGCCGGGAGGCUUCCCGUCGCACGUCAACGCCGAGACGCCCGGCUGCAUCCACGAGGGUGGUGAGCUCGGCUAUGCCCUCGCCGCCGCCUACGGCUCGGUCAUGGACCGCCCCGAGCAGAUCUCGGUCGUCAUCGUCGGCGACGGCGAGAGCGAGACGGGCCCGACGGCAACCGCGUGGCACUCGCACAAGUGGCUCGACCCGGCCGAGUCGGGCGCCGUCCUCCCGAUCCUGCACGUCAACGGCUUCAAGAUCUCGGAGCGCACGCUCCCCGGCACCAUGGACAACAUUGAGCUCUCGCUCCUCUACAGCGGCUACGGCUACCAGGUCCGCUUUGUCGAGUACAAGGCGCAGGGCAACGCGACGACGGGCGGCAACGACGCCGCCGACCACGCUCUUCACGCCGACAUGGCCGCCUCGAUGGACUGGGCCUACGCCGAGAUCCGCAAGAUCCAGAAGGCCGCCCGCUCCGGUGGCAAGCCGAUCGAGAAGCCGCGCUUCCCCAUGAUCAUCCUCCGCUCGCCCAAGGGCUGGAGCGACGCAGGCGCCCUCAAGCAGCUCGAGCAGUGGCUCAAGAGCUACGACUCGGACAAGUACCUCGACUUCUCGGACGAGAACCUCAAGCGCGGCACCAUCUUCUCGCCGCUCCUCGACCUCGCCCUGCCCAAGGACAACGAGCGUCGCCUCGGCUUCGUCAAGGAGUCGUACAACGCCUACAAGCCGCUCGACCUCGCCGACUGGAAGGAGUUCGGCUACAAGAAGGACGAGGACGUCAGCUGCAUGAAGGCGAUCGGCAAGUACCUGACCGACGUCAUCAAGCGCAACCCGAAGGAGUUCCGCAUCUUCUCGCCCGACGAGCUCGCGUCGAACAAGCUCGACGGCGUCUUUGACGCGACGACGCGUUGCUUCCAGCCCGACCCGCUCACAGCGCACAUCGGCGGCAGGGUCACCGAGAUGCUGUCCGAGCACACGCUCCAGGGCUGGCUCCAGGGCUACACCCUCACGGGCCGCCACGGCGUCUUCCCGUCGUACGAGGCGUUCCUCGGCAUCAUCGCCACCAUGAUGGUCCAGUACACCAAGUUCCUCAACAUGGGCCUCGAGACGUCGUGGAGGGGCGACGUCGCCGCCCUCACGUACAUCGAGACGUCAACUUGGACCAGGCAGGAGCACAACGGCUUCUCGCACCAGCAGCCGGGCUUCGUCUCGACGGUCCUGUCGCUCCCGCCCAAGCUCGCCCGCGUCUACUUCCCGGCCGACGCCAACACGAGCGUCAGCGUCAUCGCGCACUGCCUGCGCAGCAAGAACUACAUCAACCUGAUUGUCGGCACCAAGGCCCCGAGCCCCGUCUACCUGUCGAUCGAGGAGGCCGAGCGCCACUGCGUCGCCGGCGUGUCGAUCUGGGAGAACUACUCGGUCGACAAGGGCGUCGACCCCGACGUCGUCCUCGUCGGCAUCGGCUACGAGCUCACCGAGGAGGUCAUUCACGCGGCGGGCAUUCUCCGCAAGGACUUUGGCAACGACCUGCGCGUCCGUGUCGUCAACGUCGUCGACCUCAUGGUCCUCGCCGGCGAGGGCGAGCACCCGCACGCUCUCGACGAGGCCGGCUUCAACUCGCUCUUCCCUCCCGGUGUCCCGGUGCACAUCAACUUCCACGGUUAUGUCGGCCAGGUCGCAACGCUCCUGUUCAACCGCGCGCACAGCGUCGGCCGCAGCCGAUUCACGAUCACGGGCUACAAGGAGGUCGGCAGCACGACGACGCCGUUCAUGAUGCUCGCCCUCAACGACUGCGACCGCUUCACCAUCGCGCAGAGCGCCCUCCGCAUGGUCACCCACAACUACACCAAGCUCGACAACAUCAAGGGCGACGACAAGCGUCGCCGUGUCGGCGGUGUCGUCGCGCGCGCCAACGAGACGAUCGCGCACUACAAGCACCAGCUCAAGAAGAUGGAGCAGUACGCCUACGAGUACCAGGAGGACCACCCCGAGAUCGGCGCCGUCCCGACGCUCGCCGAGCAGUAGUCGCAUGACCCUCUCCCGCUUGCCCCGCCGUCGUUGCCUGCCCUUUCCCGACGGACGCUUUCGCCUUUGUACAGAGCAUUGCAGUCGUUCCCGCUUCGUCUC